AUGUUUGAGCUAGGAAUUGCAAGAUAUUGUAAAAGGGCAAAAGCUGUCUUCAAAGAAUUGAAGCAAGUGCCACACAUUGUUGAGCUUGAUGAGAGAGAUGAUGGCGGGAAUAUUCAGGAUGGACUUAGUGAGAUUUUUGGGAGGCGUACUGUGCCUCAGGUGUUUGUAAAUGGCAAGCAUCUUGGAGGUUCUGAUGGUAACCUAGUGAUCCUCAGUCUAACUUUAUUUCCUUUCUCCAUUUGCAUUAAAUUCUACGAGAACAUCACCUCUACAACUCACAAAAUACUGAUUACAGAUACUGUUGAAGCUUAUGAAAGCGGGAGACUGGCUAGACUUCUGGGAGUUGCUGCUAGGGAUGAGGAUGAUCUCUGA